AUGAUUGCGUGUUUGUGGAUCAUCUUCACCCUCGUAAAUGUUGCGUUUGGUCAACCGAAUUUUUACACUCAUGGUCGAUAUGGUAAACGUGAAGAGACUCUGCCGACGGAUCAAUUAAAUUUCAAUUUUGGAAGCCGAUAUGGACGAGGUGAAAAAGUCGAAUUAAAGGCAACAAAUGAAAAUAAUGAAAAAUCAAACGAAAUAAUGGCACGAGUUGAUCGUUUUUUUCUAGGAAGUCGUUAUGGAAAACGUGGAAUUAACGAUAAUUUAAUUGAUAACAGUAAUGAAAAAUUUAUAUACUUAAAUAACAUAAGGGAUGCACUGAGAUAUUACUACUACCGUAUACGUCGAGAAGCUCAACAAUUAUCGAGUGAUGAUAUAAAUAAUACUGAUAAAAAAAAUGAAAGCAUUAUUAACAACAAAACAUCACUUUCAAAGGCGGAUUCUGCAGAGCCAAUGAGUAGCGAAUAAAAUUUUAUCAACAAGAAAAAAAUUAUAGUAUACAAAAUUUCAAAUUCUGCAGUA